CUAAACAUUACUUAUUUCGAAAUUUGCUAGUCAAAAUGAAUAGUCUUAUUUACUAACUCUAAGUAUUAGCAUUCCUUUCGGAUCUAAUUUUCGAAUUCUGUGUAAAUUGUUUUGAUAAUUAUACAGUUUUGUGAGGUGGCGGUAGCUACAGUAAUUUUUAAUCCUAACACUACGUUAAUAGAAAACAUUGUUUACCCAUUUUAUCUUUCAUUAGUUUUGAAAAGAUAACCUUAAAUGUUAACUAUGGCUGUAAAGUUAAACAGAAUUUCACCAUUUGCGUGUUGUAAUAUUCUCAAUUACCAAAAUGUCAGAUGGUAUUGCACAAAAAAGGAAAGUGACAUGCAAAUACCUAAAAAUCCAUUGAAAAAGUAUUUUAGCGCAAGUGAUCAACCAACAAAUGGUGUUAUAUUUGAUAAUAAACCUUUCAAAUACACUUGCAUAGCUGGAAAAAAGUAUGUAUGGUGUUUAUGUGGUAAAAGUCAUUCGCAACCAUUUUGUGAUGGUACUCAUAGAAAUCAAGCGCUUAAGAUUAAACUGAGACCUAUAGUAUUCACCGUAGAAGAAACUAAAGACUAUUGGCUUUGUAAUUGUAAACAAACAUCAAAUAGACCGUUUUGUGAUGGUACACAUUUGAGAGAAGAUAUAAAAAAGUUAAAAUACAGGAAUUAAUUAAUAAAAGAAUUGAUAAACAGUUAUAGUUAUAUAGCAUGUACAAAUAUCAUAAAUCUUUUUAUCCAAUAAAAUUUAGUACCGAAACUAU